GAGUACAUACUCGUAUUUACUUGUAUCGGAACAUUCCUAAUAACAUUUGUUAUCCGAUUAAUAGCGGUUGAUAGCUCGGAAAAAAGAGAUAAAAUGUCGGAAAAUAAGAAAAUUGAUCUAUCUGGUGAUGGUGGUGUGCUGAAAGAAAUAAUUAAGGAUGGACAAGGCGACGAGCAUCCGUUGAAUGGUUGUAAGGUUUCCUUACACUAUACGGGAAGAUUAGUCGAUGGAACCGUGUUUGAUUCGAGCGUGGAACGUGAACCGUUUGAGUUUGAUUUGGGAAAAGGACAUGUCAUCAAGGCCUUUGAUAUGGGCGUGGCUACAAUGAAAUUAAAUGAGAAAUGCUUUCUCACAUGUGCUCCUGAAUAUGCUUACGGUGUAGCUGGAAGCCCACCUAGUAUUCCUCCCAACUCAACACUAAUAUUUGAGUUGGAAAUGCUUGGAUGGCAUGGUGAAGAUGUCAGCCCUAAUAAAGAUGGUAGCAUCGAGAGAUACAUUAUCGAAAGUAGUGAUAAAAAACGGUCGCCUGGUGAAGGAGCUCUGGUUAAAGUUCACCUAACUGGCAAGUAUAAUGGAAAUACUUUUGAAGAUCGCGAUGUGGAGUUUGAUUACGGCGAAGGAUGUGAUUGUGAGGUUAUCGAAGGUGUUGAAAUUGCACUCGAAAAAAUGACGGUGGGCGAAACAUCAAGGUUAAAAAUAGGCAUGGAAGAAUGGAAAUUAUCUGAUGAGGAAAGAGUGCAUCAUGCUGAAUUGUAUAAAGCUAAGGGAACAAAAUACUUCUCAAAACAAAAUUUUUCUUUAGCGACUAAAAUGUACAAAAAGGCUACAGAUAUUAUUUCAGAAAUUGAUAAUGGGAACUCAAAAAAACUGAAGAUAGCUUUGAACAGCAAUAUAGCUUUAUGUUACCAGAAAACGAAUGAUUACUUUGAAGGCAAGCAAGCAUGCAAUGAAGCUCUCAAAUUGGAUCCCAUUAACAUCAAAGCACUUUACCGUCGUGGGCAAUGUAAUGUUGCUAUAAACGAUUUUAAAGAAGCCUUAGAUGAUUUUCAAAAAGUAAUAGAAUUGGAACCUACCAACAAAGCUGCUAUAAACCAAAUACAAAUUUGCAAACAAAAAAUUAGAGAAGCCAACGACAAAGAGAGAAAGAUUUAUGCCAACAUGUUCAAAAAGUUAUCAGCUGCCGACAAAGAGUUAAAGGAUAUAAAUCAAUGUCAUUACGGUGAUGUGGUUGACGAGCGACAUAUUCUUCUUUUGUGUGGAUAUCCAUUGUGUGGAAAACAAAUGGAAAACGUGCCUACAAAAAAAUAUCAAAUAUCAGUAACCAAAAAUAAGGUAUACGACAUAACAGAUCGUAAAAAGUUUUGCAGUUCCUAUUGCUUCAAGGCAUCGGAGUUCAUUAAAUCACAGAUGUUAGUUAGUCCUCUUUGGUUGAGACAAAAUGAAAUAAUUCCACAGUUUAAGUUGUUGGACGAGAAAAGCGAUUAAACUUUAAGCAUUUAUGUAUUCAUAUGGGUUAAAUUUUUGUAUUAUAAAUUUUAUUGUUCCUAAAAUAUUUUAAGUAAUUUACUAAAUUUUCACUGUAUUUUAUGAUUACUAAUCGCCUAAAAUAAGAGCCAAUCGGUAAGUAAAUAACAGCAUGAAUGCAGAAUAUGAACCGUUGAACUAGAGGAAACGAAAAGUGGGCGUGGCCAGAAUUUAUCGCAUUUUCGUAGAUUUCACGAAAAUCGGACUACGAUGGAUUCAGUGCUGGCCCGUUAAAAAUUGAAAUGGGGGCCGGGAGGUCUUUUCGCAUGCACCUCCACCCGCCAACCCUGACAAUUGAACCACUACGGCUAAGCUUGUAGAGCCACAGGAUAGGGUUGCCAACAUUUACUAAGUUAUUUAUAUCUAUCUGACGGUAUUUUUUUGUUGUAAUGUUAUUAAUAAGACGUCUAAUAAAUGCAUGGCUUUCAGUUGUAGAAGAAUCAAAGUCAGUAAAGUCAAGUAUUUUUUGUAUAAUUGCUGCAUUUUAAUUGCUCAACUUCUUUUGACCAGAGCAACUCUCAAAGAUUUCUAGAAGUAAAAAGUUACGUAUUGGCACAGCAGAAAUGUAAAAUUUUCCCUCCAUAAUAAAAAGUUUUUUUCACCAUGGAAAUUUUCUACUAAUUGACAUGAAAUUACUAUCUCAACGAUCGGAGAGCUGCCACUGCCCAGCUGCCUUUGUCAACUGAUAAAGAGAAAAUUUGGAAAGAUCAAACAAAAAUUUUGAGAUUUCUCGUUGUCAAUACGAACGCCAUAAUUUUCACCUAGCUCGCGGGACUACGCACAGUUUUGACAGCUUGUAAACAUGUAUAGACAUAAGGUUCUUUGGCGGUAAAGAGUCAAAAUCAAAACGGAGUCUAGAAACUUUAAUCAAAUCAAAAAAAAAAAA